AUGUAGAUUUAAAAACUUUAUUUUACUUAGCGUAGUGUUUUCUAGGAGUAAAAGUUAAAAGUUAAGCAUUAUCUUAAAUAACAAAAAUACUUAAUUUAUCUAUAUAAAAAUAUUCUUAGUAUGAUUGGUAUAACAAAGGCUCUAACUCAAGAUUUUGUAAGGAAGGCACCAAAAAUAGAACUACAUGCUCACUUAAACGGCUGUGUUAGAAGAUAGACUUUAUUUGAAAUAGCCCAAAGAAAGUAAAUUAAUGUAGACCUUUCUAUCUUCGAUUUGAGAAAUAUAAAAGGGGCCUUUUCAAUCUUUUCACUCAUCCAUUAGGUGCUUCGAGAUUUAUAGGACAUUCGUAGAGUUAGCAGGGAAGUUCUGGAAGAUUUUAGAGACUAAAAUGUAGCUUAUUUAGAACUCAGAACCACCCCUAAAUCUUGUGAGUUAGGUACUUACACUAAAGAGCAGUACCUUAAUACAGUUAUAGAUGAGAUUCAAAAGUUUUAGUAAUAGUAUGGAGACAAAAUGCAAGCCAGAUUAUUGGUAAGCAUUGACAGAGGACGUCCUUUGGAGGAUGCUCAAUCAACUUUAAAUCAUAUUUUAAAAUUAAAAAAUAAUAAUAUAAUUGUUGGCCUCGAUUUCUCAGGAAAUCCUUCUAAAAGUACCUUUAAAGAAUAUGAAUAAUUACUUGAAUAGGCUCGUAAAGAAGGUUUCAAAAUAACAAUUCAUGUGGCUGAAUUAGAAGGCGAAGAAUAUUUAUAAGAAUCAUUUGAUAUUGUUAAUUUUAAACCAGAUAGAUUAGGUCACUUCAAUUUUUACAACUAAGACCUGUACAGCAAAGUUAGAUAACUUAAUAUCCCUAUUGAAAUGUGCCCUACUAGCAAUUUUUACACUGUGAACAUGAAAUCUCUCAGCGAGCAUCAUUUUAAAGAAUUUUUUUACCAGGGUCAUACAAUCAAUCUGAACACCGAUGAUACAUGUGUAUUUGAUACAGAUAUUACCUAAGAGCAUUUCAAGAUGAUACAGGCCUUUAACCUAUCAGAAGAUGAAUUUAAAUCUCUUUUAGUUAGAUCAUCUAACAUGAUUUUUGAUCAAGCUUAUAAACCUUUAUUAUAAUAAAGAAUAAAUGAAUAUUUUUCUACUAGUAAAAAUGAAUGA